UUGAGGUACCAGCAGCAGAGCUUUUACUAGUACCCAAGAAGAAUUCCUUGCGCUCUUCACUUGCUGCAAUGCACAAAACCAUGAUCAGGUUCCAUUUUAGAUAUUUCUUUUCCUUCCUUUCUUUUCUGCAGUUUCAGUAUUUCUAGAAACAAGUAAUUUAUGAAAUUGAGAAUAUCAACUUUAGAGCUGGAUUGUUAUUUAGAUUUAUUAGACAUGUUCUUGAAUAGCGAUUUGAAUUUGAAAAGCAAAGUGUUGGGAAGUUGUGUUUUAGCGGCAGUGCAACUAAUGACUGCCCGUUUCAUGAAGGAUUUGGAAGGAGCUGUGAAAUACUAUUGGUGUUAAAAAGAUCUGGGAUACAGCUUUGGUUGAAAUGACCCCUGUCAUUCAGUUCUCUGAUGGUGUUCUGCAGAAGCUUUCCUGCGUGCAUGCACUCACAGAAUACUCUAUGACCAAAUGCAGUGCUUUUUGGGGGGAGGACGCAGGGAUAUGCAUACCCCUAACAUUUUGUGAAUCUUUGUACUUUUGUCCAUUUACUGCAGGGGUGGCCAACUCUCAAGAGACUGCAAUCUGCUUUCAGAAUUAAAAACUGGCAGUAAUCUACUCCCGUUUUUGGGGGGUUCAGCUCAAAGUUGUUGAGCUUUUAUGAGGAAGGGAAACCCCAUUUUGGGGGGGGGGUUCAGCACAGAGAAACCUCCAUCUUCCCUUCCAGAGAUCAAACAACAAUGGAGGGUGGGGUGAGGGAGUGGGGCAGGAGUCAGUUUUAGCAGUGCUAAGGAAAGGGAGCCAGAGAUCGACCGCGAUCUAUUAAAACCUAAGGGGCAUCUACCAGUAGAUCGCGAUCAACCUGUUGGACAUCCCUGAUUUACUGUAUUUCUUUUUCUUGAUUUGAACCAUAAAAUAGUGAUUUGCUUGACUCAAAAUAAGAGUACCCCCAAACAUAUAUAUAUAUAUAUAUAUAUAUAUAUAUAUAUAUAUAUAUAUAAAAGCACUGACCAAAUGUUUGGCUACCAAAUGCUGCUUAACAACUGAAAUUGCCAAUAACAGAAGAAAGAACAGUUGAUAGUUCUAAGAAGUUCAGCAGCUUCCUGAGGAGGUUCUGCUUACAAUGAGAUUUCCGUUGAAGCUGCUUAUCUUGCACAAUGUCUCGUUUUGUAGCAGAUGUCGUGGCUAUUAAUAGGUGUUCUUUCCCCAUUCUUUGAAAGCACACAGUGAAUUAUUACAUUCAUACACAUUUCAAAAAUAUCCUGAUUCUAGUCCUAAAUUAUAACUACAAAGCAGUAUUUAACUUUGCAUGUUUUCCUCUUAUUCUAAAAAGAGGAUUUCUCCAUGACAUAUUGUUAUUAGUUUGGUGGGGAAUAGGCCGUAUACCAAGAUCCUUAUAAUUCCUGGAUCCAGCAAGUGUUAAAACCUUUUUAAAAAAAUUAAGAUUUUUUUAAUUGAAAUUUUUCCAUAAUACAGUAAAAUCGAAGCUACAAAAGAUACAAAGCAAAGGAGAAAAACAGAGGAAGAAAAGAAAGAUACAAUAGAAAUAAAAAGCAGAGAGAGAGAGAGAGAGAGAGAGAGAGAGAGAGAGAGAGAAAGAAAGAAAGAAAAAAGAAAGGAAGGAAGGAAGUGAGGUAACAGGCCAUUAAGGUAACCAAGGGAGUGGAUCAGUGCCAGAGAACAAAUGGGUGGCCCCCUCCCCUUAGAAAAUACAGUAAAGGCUGAGUUUCCUGCCAACCUAGCAGUUCGAAAGCAAGCCAAGUGCAAGUAGAUAAAUAGGUACCGCUUCGGCGGGAAGGUAAACGGUGUUUCCGUGUCCUGCUCUAGUUCACCAGAAGCGGCUUAGUCAUGCUGGCCACAUGACCCGGAAGCUGUAUGCCAGCUCCCUCGGCCAGUAAAGCGAGAUGAGCGCCGCAACCCCAGAGUCGUCCACGAAUGGACCUAAUGGUCAGGGAUCCCUUUACCUUUAAAGGCUGAGUUGUUUGUGUGUAAGCUAGAAGCUAGAGGAGAGGCAUACCUGAUUUCUGCUCACAUCCAAGGCUGUGGCUAUGGGGGAAGCAAAACCUCUUGAGAUGUUAAUGCUUUGAUGUGCCACCAUUGUAGGCUCAGGUUGCAUAUAUGUGUAAAUAAACCAUAUCUCAUAAAGACACCACAGCCUCCACUGUCCCUCAUUCUGAAGGAAACACAAACCCUGGGGAAGCGCCUGGGACGCCUGGAAUCUUGCAGCCCUCAGAGAUUGGGCUGGUUUGUGACAAUAUUUAACUAGUUGCUAUUUUCCAUUAUCUGAUCAGUUAUCUGUCUGUGCUGGUUUCCUUCCACUAAAAAUAGUUGUAAAUUUGAAUACUUAGUUGCUUAUCUCUCUCCCCCCCCCCCCCCGAAAUGCACGAUAGUGCUGUGGUUUGAUCUUUGUGUUUUAACCUGAUGAGAUGGAGAUUGUACUGCUGCUCUCAGAUAGGGGCUUUGACCGGGUGAGUGUCUGCAAAAAAGUGCCUAUAAACAUAUUCUUGAUGGUUUUUAUUUCUUUGUUUAGCAAAGGAAAGUCUUGGCAUUUGUUUCUUCUUGAAAUGCCAUCUCAGCCACUCUUAUUCAAAGGCAGCUUCACUUUUCAGUUUCUUCUGUUUCUGCAUAUUGCUCACUGCUAUACUUUGGCCACCUCAUGAAAAGAGAAGACUCCCUGGAAAAGACCCUGAUGCUGGGAAAGAUUGAGGGCAGAAGGAGAAGGGGACGACAGAGGAUGAGAUGGUUGGGGGAGGAAGUGGAAGACAGGAGUGCCUGGUGUGCUCCGGUCCAUGGGGUCACGAAGAGUCGGACAUGACUAAAUGACUAAACAACAACAUGCAGGAAAAUGUAUGAAUAAAGGAAGACAGAGCUUCCUUCCUUCCUUACUUCCUUCCUUCCUUCACCAACAUGCUUCUGUUACCUUAAUUUAUAGGGUGACGGACAGACUGCCAUAAGACAAAGUUGAAUGCAGUUUACAUGGACUCUGGACUUUCUUUAAUGGAACCAAUAUAUAAUUAUUAUUACAAUUCCCAUUACUGCUGCUUGGGUCAUCUAGAACUCUUACUUGGUGGCAAAGCAUGGGAGAUCCUCUAAAUGUAGUUGUGUCCCUGUAGUUGCAACAAUGGUGAGAUUUAAGACUGAUCUGUUAGGAAAAUUUUUUAAAAAUCCAAUAGGAACGCAAUUAAACAAAAUUGCCUGCAACCUACUCUUUGAGUUUACAGUUAGAAUUAGAGUUAGAGUUACAGUUCUUGGUUAGAAUUCUGGAAGAUGGGUUCAGGCUUACUUUGUAAGGACAAUAGAGCAAAAAAUUGCUCAACUAAAUUUCCAUAAAUCAAUGGACUAGAGGCUUAAAAAAAUAAAAUAAAGCUGGACAUUUGUGCCCCUCCUUUCAGCACAGGGAAUGCUGAGGUGUAGCCUAGCUCACAAGCAGUGCCUAACUCCUUGCCACAUUCAGCAAGGACCAGCCCAGUUCAAACUCAGUACAGCAGCUGUUCCAAAGAUGUUCCUCACUUCUAAGCUAUUUACCCUUCUGCUUUUCUAGUUGGUUUAGCCCAGCUUACCGGUAGAUGUAAUGCACAGCUGUUCUAUGUUGCACUGGGUGUGGGCUGCACCACUUCCUUGAUAGGUACUUGGGAGGCAUGCAUCCCAAAAUGAACAGCUCAGCAGAAGAGAGGAGGUGGUGCAACUUGCCUUAGAAAUUUCUAACAGAAAUAUGUCAGGUGUCCAGCAUGAAGUUUGCUAAUUAGACUCAGUAGGCUAAGUGUCUGGUAGCUUGGUGGAAUGCCCCACCUUCCAUUUUUGAUUAUAGGGAAGAUGACUGCCAAGCCUACUUGCCAUUUAGCUUCUGCACUACAAAGAAAGCUAGUCCACCCAGGAGAGGACCACCAGAUAAACUCUUCUUCCUCGUGCAUGCUAGCUUCUGGGGAGCAGUCAAGCACUGUAUUUCAAGACUAGUCCUCAGCCUCAGAACAUGUUUCUGGUUCAAGGUUUGGAAUCCCUGGUAGCAUGUGCUCGAAAGAGCAGCACCUGAAUGACUUGUUAGUAUGCACAUAGAGCCCCAUUGCAUGCUGCCGAAACAUGCAGAAGGCAUGGCUGGUUUGUGCAGCAGGAGCAGGGCUACUCUGUGUUAACCAUGAUAUAGAAAAAUAGGAGUGAGUGGCUUUUGCUGCCCAACUCCACAAACGAACUGAGUCCUCUAAGUCCAUGACUGGUCAGAGAUGAAUGGAUGGAGGCAGGAUGCAGUGAAAGCAAGGCUGGUCUUUAUUUUUCCGUUGCGGCAGAGUUCCCUCCCCUCCUAGCAAGGAGGCAAGAGAGACCCGGAACCCAGAAGAAACAUCUCUUUUAAGGGUUUGCAUUUUGGCAUGGAGAAGAAGGACAUUGCCUCUACAAACAGUCAGAAAUUACAUCACACACAAGGUGGAGUUACUGUGGCUCAGGCAGGCCAAGGUGCGAUAUUCCUGAGGAUUUAGCAAGUUUUACAUAGUUCCAGACACAGUUUACACAAAAAAAUAGCAUUUGAUAAGACAAUCAGGAUGCCGGUCAGACAAUCCCUCAAUCUGGGCAAACAAUGGCAAUUAAUACAAAGGAGGUUCAUAGAUAUAGGAGAGGAAUCCCUUCAGGAACUUCCCCUGAUUGCUAUCUGCCUACAUGUUCUCAAGCAAGGCAGAUUAAGGAGGCAGAGGAAAUAAGUCUUCAGGAGAGCCAAGAGGGUUUUUGGAUUGUUGUCCUGUACUAUUUUAGACAUGUGGUAUAUAUACUUAUGUACAGUGGUAUCUCAGUUCUCGAAUGUAAUCCGUUCUGGAAGACCGUUUGAGUUCUGAAACAUCUGAAAACCAAGGUGCAAAGGGCUGCCUGCAAAUACAACUGAGAAAAUUGAAAAACAUGCAGUGGAAGCUGUUCAACUUCUGAGGCGUAUUUAAAAAAAAGGAAGCAUUUACUUCUGGGUUUCGGUGUUUGCGUUCUGAAAUGUCCAUCAACAGUUCAAGAACCGAGGUACCACUGCAUGUGUGUUUACCUUGUGCAAUUGUCAACAUUUAUUCUGUAUUUGAGACCUUAGAAUUCUUAUAACAACCACAUGACUGCCUUCACACAUUGUUUUAAUGCAUGUAGGGCAUCUGUGGCCAGGCCCUGAAAACAGCAGGAUGAGGAAGAAUCCUUCUUGUUCCUGUCUUCAGGAACGUGAGUGCCAGCUGCCAGGCUCAGGUGUUAUUGUUAGGUGGCUACAGCUAUUGGACAGUAGGCAUUUUGCACAGGACUUUGUAUCAUUACUUUGUUUAAGCACUAACAAAUUGUUAUAGGUUUGAGGGAGGACCCUCCUAAACCUUAGAAAUUAAUAAAUGGUUGGCUUUUGAUCAAUUGGUAUAUGGAUGAAAGUACUAGCUGCAGAACUGGGCCGGACAAGGAAUCCCUGGCUGGCCUAGUGAAGAGCAAAUCUGGUAACAUGCCAAAAUGUGUUGAUGGGCCAUCUGAGAGCAAUCCUUUGGUCUGAGGAGACAGAUGUUGCCAAGGUGAUGGGUGUGUGUGUUGAAGUGACAGGAAAAAGGAGUCUGGUAGCAAGGGAUUCUGGGAAGGAGAAGGAGAAACAGAGUCUGGAAUCCAUCUUGGGAAGGCUGGCUAGGAAAGAUGCCUUGGCUACACUGCUGUGGGGGACAGUCGUCUCUUGAAAUGACCAUGCUGUAAGACCUGGACUCCCUCCAUGCAGACUGAAGGUGUAAAUAGGUGAUUAAACCGUAUUUCUUAAAUCUAUGACUGUCUCUGCUGUGUCUCAAUUCUCCAAAGAAGCACAGACCCUGGGUGAGUGCCUGGAACGCCCCUAGGCUCUUGCCACCGCUGGGCAGAGAGAUGGGAAAGCACAGAACUUUUGUAAACAAUAUCAGUUCAGGAAAUAAUUUUGCAAUUUGAGGAGGUAGCUGCUUUGCUUACUCAACAAAAUCCUUAUCUGCACAGCGUUUCAUAGGACACUGAUAGCUGGUAAGUUCACAAACCACACAGGAGGAGGAGCCUCAGCUAUAGAUAUAAUGUAAACCCUUUAGUGUUUUGGAUCAGCUAAGCAUCUCAGUGAAAGGAAGAGGAACAGGGAACCUGCCAAGUUUCUCCAUUUCACACUCUUCAGUCGGUGGGUCAUAUGCAAUAAUAAUAAUAUUAUAAUAAUUAAUUAGGAUAUGUUGUAUUCUGCCUCGUUAUACUUUGUCGUAAAGAGUGGCUUAUAAAUUCAUAAAUAAGUACGUUGAGAUAAUCCUUGCCCUCGGAAAUGCUUGGAAAAGAUAAUUACAUAAUCUUGUAAUUUCGCUUUGCUAUGUUGUUAUGAAAUUGUUUUGUAACGUUUCUUGGUUUGUAAGCUGCUUGGAGCGUGUGUGUGUGUGUGUGUGUGUGUGUGUGUAAAAGUAGCUUACAAAUAAAAUGAAUGAAUUAAUGAAGGUGGCUUGCUUCAACAGCUGGCUGAUGGCUGCACAACUUCCAUUUCUGUUGUGGCACCAUGGACAGUAGCAUUGCAAUAGUAAGUGGUUGUAUACGCAUGCUAUACAUUUAAAGCGCACCCCCCACUUAAGCAGUCCAGGGAACUGUAGUUUGCUAUGGGUGCACUCUGAGGGGUAAGCAACAGUUCCCAGGUUUCUUGAGGGAGAGGGAAUGUGCCUUAAAUUUGGGGUGUGUAUGCAGCCAGUGUACUGAGUUCUAGAUAUUCCAGCAGGACAGUCUCAGCUCUGGAUAUUAUUUUCUAACAGCCAGAUCCUAUAUUAAUACUUGAAUCAUGAUUCUGAGUAUUGGAACAGUCGGUCUAUCAGCUACUAAGCAGUUCACAAUCAGAUAUUUUAACUUAUUUCAUAAAAUGGAAAGUUUUCCACAACUUUUCCACAAAGUUUCCACUUUCCACAAAGAAGAUAAAAGUGCUACUGUGAAAGAAAUGUGGAGGAUGAUUAUUUAUGUUUAGGGAAGCUUUUAAUGUUUGAUGUAUUACAGUAUUUUAAUAUUUUUUUGGAAGCCGCCCAGAGUGGCUGGGGAAGCCCAGCCAGAUGGGCAGAGUAUAAAUAAUAAGUUAUCAUCAUCAUCAUCAUUAGUUAUGGAGCUGCCUUUUUUACUCACUGUGUUGAAUAUCGGUCUCUGAGCUGAAACCGAAAUGCUGUGCAAGCAUUCAAUACAACAAGGCACAAGUUGUUCAGGUGGAAUUUUGCAAAACAAUGUAUUUCCAAUUGAAAAAAUGUAGAUGUUCUCUUUCAGCAUGCUGAUAAUUUUGAAGAGUCAAAUAACAGGGCUUUCUUUUUUUUCUUUUUCUAAUGUGUCCCCCCCCCCCCAUUUAGCAACACACUGGCUCUCUUGUAUUUCAUCUUGCUCAUGGCUUUCUCUGCUAUUGCUGGGAAACUGCAUUACUGUAAGUCUUACUCUGCGCUGAUUUUACUCACAGAAAUACCUUGAAUAUGAUUGAUUCUUUCUGUUGAAUGAAUGAACUGCUGGUCACAGUUGUGCGUCUAAACUAGUAUGAUCUAGACAUCCAUUUGUCAGUUUUCAUUUCUUAGCGCAGAAAGUAUUAAUCUGAUGAGUACAGAGUCUGAAAAGACGCAACUUAAAAAUUACCGCCCCAUAUCACUUCUUAAUGUAGAUUACAAAAUUUUUGCAGAUAUUCUGGCUAAAAGAUUAAAAAAUGUGUUAGCAGAAGAAAUUCAUAAAGACCAAGCGGGCUUUCUCCCGGGCAGGCAUUUGUCUGAUAAUACGAGGAAUAUAAUUAACAUUUUAGAAAAGCUACAAGUGAAGAUUAAUACUAAAGCAGUUUUGAUUUUUGUGGACACGGAGAAAGCCUUUGAUAAUGUUUCCUGGAGUUUUAUGAAGAAGAAUUUAUUAGGGAUGGGGGUUAGUAAAAGUUUUGGAAAUGGUAUAGGUGCAAUCUAUUCAAAACAAAGGGCUAUUUUUUUUUUUAAAUGAUAUUUAUUAAAGUUUCACAAAAAUACAGAAAACAAAGAAAAAAGUAUAAAUUACAGCAAAAAAGUAAAAAGUAAGAAAAAACAUACAAAAUAAAACAGUUAAAAACACAAUAAUGUUCCAUAACCUAUCUUCCUUACUCUUAUUUCCCCAGACCUCCUCAUACCUCCCUUCUUUGUAUUCCAAUUCAAUUUGUUGGUUCAGCAAAUCCUUACCAUUAAUCUUUUACCCAAUUGUUAACCUUUUUUUUCCAUGUCUCUUAAAGCAUUACAGCUGAAAACCUCUUAGUUUCUAUCCAACAUCCUUCUAAAGUUCCUUAAUUUUACAAUAUUUCUGUAAAUAGUCCUUAAAUUUUUUCCAGUCUUCUUUCACCGACUCUUCUCCCUGGUCUCGGAUUCUGCCAGUCAUUUCCGCCAAUUCCAUGUAGUCAAUCACCUUCAUCUGCCAUUCUUCCAAAGUGGGUAGAUCUUGUGUCUUCCAAUACUUUGCGAUAAGUAUUCUUGCUGCUGUUGUAGCAUACAUGAAAAAGGUUCUGUCCUUCUUUGGCACCAGUUGGCCGACAAUGCCCAAGAGAAAGGCCUCUGGUUUCUUCAGAAAGGUAUAUUUAAAUACCUUUUUCAGUUCAUUAUAUAUCAUUUCCCAGAAAGCCUUAAUCUUUGGGCACGUCCACCAAAGGUGAAAGAAUGUACCUUCAGUUUCUUUACAUUUCCAACAUUUAUUAUCGGGCAAAUAAUAAAUUUUUGCAAGCUUGACUGGGGUCAUGUACCACCUGUAUAUCAUUUUCAUAAUAUUCUCUAUUAAGGCAUUACAUGCCGUAAACUUCAUACCUGUGGUCCAUAACUGUUCCCAGUCAGCGAACAUAAUAUUAUGUCCAACAUCUUGUGCCCAUUUAAUCAUAGCAGAUUUCACCGUUUCAUCCUGAGUAUUCCAUUUCAACAGCAAGUUAUACAUUCUUGACAAAUUUUUAGUUUUGGGUUCUAACAAUUCUGUUUCUAAUUUUGACUUUUCCACUUGGAAUCCUAUUUUCUUAUCCAAAUUAUAUGCCUCCAUUAUCUGAUAGUAGUGGAGCCAAUCUCUCACUUUAUUUUUAAUUUUUCAAAACUCUGCAAUCUCAAUUUAUCUCCUUCUUGCUCCAAAAUUUCCCAAUAUGUCGGCCAUUUGGCCUCCAUAUUGAGCCUUUUCAGAGCUUUUGCUUCCAUUGGUGACAGCCACCUUGGGGUUUUAUUUUCCAAUAAGUCUUUGUAUCUUAUCCAAACAUUAAACAAUGCUUUCCUAACAAUAUGGUUUUUGAAUGCUUUGUGUGCUUUGACCUUAUCAUACCAUAAAUAUGCAUGCCAUCCAAAUACAUUGUUAAAACCUUCUAAAUCCAAAAUGUCUGUGUUUUCAAGAAGUAGCCAUUCUUUCAGCCAGCAAAAAGCUGCUGAUUCAUAAUAAAGUUUAAGGUCUGGCAGGGCAAAUCCACCUCUUUCCUUGGCAUCAGUUAAUAUCUUGAAUUUUAUUCUGGGCUUCUUGCCCUGCCAGACAAAUCUAGAAAUAUCUCUCUGCCACUUCUUGAAACAGUCCAUCUUAUUUGAAACAGUCCAUCUUAUCUUUUUCUAAUGUGUCCCCCCCCCCCAAUUUAGCAACACAAUGGCUCUCUUGUAUUUCAUCUUGCUCAUGGCUUUCUCUGCUAUUGCUGGGAAACUGCAAUACUGUAAGUCUUACUCUGCGCUGAUUUUACUCACAGAAAUACCUUGAAUAUGAUUGAUUCUUUCUGUUGAAUGAAUGAACUGCUGGUCACAGUUGUGCGUCUAAACUAGUAUGAUCUAGACAUCCAUUUGUCAGUUUUCAUUUCUUAGCGCAGAAAGUAUUAAUCUGAUGUGUACAGAGUCUGAAAAGACGCAACUUAAAAAUUACCGCCCCAUAUCACUUCUUAAUGUAGAUUACAAAAUUUUUGCAGAUAUUCUGGCUAAAAGACUAAAAAAGGUGUUAGCAGAAGAAAUUCAUAAAGACCAAGCGGGCUUUUUCCCGGGCAGGCAUUUGUCUGAUAAUACGAGGAAUAUAAUUAACAUUUUAGAAAAGCUACAAGUAAAGAUUAAUACUAAAGCAGUUUUGAUUUUUGUGGACGCGGAGAAAGCCUUUGAUAAUGUUUCCUGGAGUUUUAUGAAGAAGAAUUUAUUAGGGAUGGGGGUUAGUAAAAGUUUUGGAAAUGGUAUAGGUGCAAUCUAUUCAAAACAAAGGGCUAAACUAAUUGUGAAUAACGUAGUGACAGAAGAAUUUAGGCUUGGGAAAGGAACACGACAAGGUUGCCCAAUUUCUCCAUUGCUUUUUAUUUCGGUCCUGGAGGUGUUGCUAAAUAUGAUUAGAAGGGACCAAUUGGUUAAAGGUAUACAAGUGGGAUCUAAACAGUAUAAAUUGAAAGCAUUUGCAGAUGAUUUAGUACUGACAUUACAGGAGCCAGAAUCAAGCACGAAAAGAGUAUUAGAAUUGAUUCAAGAAUUUGGUCAGGUAGCAGGUUUUAAGUUGAAUAAGAUGAAAACUAAAAUCCUGGAGAAAAAUCUGAAUGUGAUUGAGAGAGAGAAGUUUCAGAGAGAGAGACAGGCUUGACACUGGUUAAGAAAGUGAAAUACUUAGGGGUUAAUAUGACUGCUAAAAAUGUGAAUUUAUACAAGGAUAAUUAUGAAAAAUGUUGGACUGAAGUGAAAAAAGAUUUAGAAAUAUGGUCAAAUUUGAAGUUAUCGCUUCUAGGCCGAAUUGCUGUGAUAAAAAUGAAUGUAUUGCCAAGAAUGUUAUUUCUGUUCCAAUCAUUGCAAAUCUUGGACAAAAUGGACUGUUUCAAGAAGUGGCAGAGAGAUAUUUCCAGAUUUGUCUGGCAGGGCAAGAAGCCACGUAUAAAAUUUAAGAUUUUAACUGAUGCUAAAGAAAGAGGUGGAUUUGCCCUGCCAGACUUAAAACUUUAUUAUGAAUCAGCCGCCUUUUGCUGGCUGAGAGAAUGGAUGCUUCUUGAAAAUACAGACGUUUUGGAUUUGGAAGGUUUUAAUAAUGUAUUUGGUUGGCAUGCAUAUUUGUGGUAUGAUAAGGUCAAAGCACACAAAGCGUUCAAAAACCAUAUUGUAAGGAAAGCAUUGUUUAAUGUCUGGAUAAGAUAUAAGGAUUUGUUAGAAAAUAAAACCCCAAGAUGGCUGUCACCUAUGGAGGCAAAGGCCCAGAAAAAACUCAAUAUGGAGGCCAAAUGGCCGAAGUAUUGGGAAAUUUUGGAACAAGAGGGUGACAGAUUAAAAUUACAAAGCUUUGAAAAAUUAAAAAACAGAGUGCGUGAUUGGCUCCAUUAUUACCAAAUAAUGGAGGCAUACAAUCAGGACAAAAAAUUAGGUUUUCAAGUGGAAAAAUCAAAGUUGGAAACAGAAUUGUUAGACCCUAAAGUUAAGAAUCUGUCAAGAAUGUAUAACUUGCUACUGAAAUGGAAUACUCAGGAUGAAAUGGUGAAAUCUGCUAUGAUUAAAUGGGCACAGGAUGUUGGACAUAACAUUAUGAUGGCUGACUGGGAACAGUUAUGGACCACUGGUAUGAAGUUUACGGCAUGUAAUGCCUUAAAAGAGAAUUUAAUGAAAAUGAUUUACAGGUGGUACAUAACACCAGUCAGGCUUGCAAAAAUCUAUCAUUUGCCCGAUAAUAAAUGUUGGAAAUGCAAUGAAACUGAAGGCACUUUCUUUCACCUUUGGUGGACAUGCCCAAAGAUUAAGGCAUUCUGGGAGAUGAUCUAUAAUGAAAUGAAAAAGGUAUUUAAAUAUACCUUCUUAAAGAAACCAGAGGCCUUUCUCCUGGGCAUGGUGGGCCAAUUGGUGCCAAAGAAGGAUAGUUUUUUCAUGUAUGCUACAACAGCAGCAAGAAUACUCAUCGCAAAGUACUGGAGACACAAGACCUACCUACCAGGGAAGAAUGGCAGAUGAAGCUGAUGGAUUACAUGGAAUUGGCGGAAAUGACUAGCAGAAUCCGAGACCAGGGAGAAGAGUCGGUGGAAGAAGAUUGGAAAAAAUUUAAAGCUUAUUUACAGAAAUAUUCUAAAAUUAAUGAAUGUUAGAAAGAUGCUGGAAAGAAGUUAUAUGACUUUAGUAGAAAUAUUAUAAAGAAUUAAGUAUGAAUAGCUGACAUUGGGUAAAGAUGUAAAUUUAAGUUUAAAACUUCGUUAAAUUAAAUUAUGGAACUAACUUUGUGAAAGAGGGAAAGGACUUGCUAGAAUAUUUAAUUGAACUAGAAUACAAAAAAGGAGGUGUGAGGAAGUCGAGGAAAUAAGCUAAUGAAAGAUAAGGAUAUGAAAAUAUGGGGGUCUUUUGUAUGUUUGUUUGUUCUCUUUUGGGUUUUUUUUUAAUGUUUUUCUUUUCUUUUCUUUUUUUGGUAUUGUUGAUGUUUUGUAUAUUUCUCUCUUGUUUUUCUUUUCUUUUUUGUAAUGUUUAAACUUUAAUAAAUAUUUUAUAUAUAAAAAAAUAUUAAUCUGAUGUGUAGAGAGCUUUCCUAUUCUGGUUAGUUCAAGAGUGUUCUGGAAAGGUUUAUUUCUAUGUGAGAGAAACAGGAAUAUGGUUUCUGGUGGUUGGGUUAUUUCUCUGGGAAGCUGUGUACAGCUGGAUUAAACUGGUUCUGUUAUGUUUCUGUCAAGGUCAUGCUGACUAUUAUAGUAAGGCAAUGAGGAGCCUGGGAUCUUAUUCUUGCUUUAUCUUUCUUUGUUCUGAUGUUCUGUUCCGUAUGCUUAGUGCUAAGGUUUAGUCUUAUUCUACGUUUGUAGGUUUUAUUUUAAGUGCUGCAACUGGAUUUUUUUAUGAACUGUGCCAAUCCUGAUUGCAUUGGAUUUGUGACCAUUAUGUAUCCAGGCAUGGCCAAACUUGGCCCUCCAGCUGUUUUGGGACUACAACUCCCAUCCUCCCUAGCUAACAGGACCAGUGGUCAGGGAUGAUGGGAAUUGUAGUCCCAAAACAGCUGGAGGGCCAAGUUUGGCCAUGCCUGAUUUCAGUAUCAGUAAAGCUCUGCUGGAUGAAGCACAAUUGCCUCUGGUCUAUUUUUUUGGGAACUCUGCUGAACUCUGCUACAUGUUUAAGUUUUUCCCUCUUCCGGCGCUGAUGUGACACCAUUACCAUUGAAAAAUUUCCUUAAAAUAUACAUAAACACCCCAAUCCAGUUUCCAUGAGCACUGCAAUUUGAUCAGUGAAAACCAGGUUCUAUGACCACUCAGCCAGUGCAGACGGACGCCUGCCUAUGUCACUGUGUUUAUUUGGGCUUCAUUGAACUGCUUUGAUGGAUCUUUUGAUAGGGAUGCACUUUGUACUGGGAUGGUGGGAAGAUUCAUGAGCUGGAUCAUGUCCAUGUCAAAAGUGCAAUUCCUAAUCCAGAAGAGGGCACAUGUAGAUGAAUGUUGUUGUUGCUGUUGCUGUUGUUGUUGUUUUGCAUUUGUUUCCAAGACACAGUUACUGGUUUUAGUAUGUCAUUACCAACAGCAUUAAACAAGCUAGGAAAUCUCUCCUGAUGUAGGUAUGCAGAAUGUUUUUGUCCAAGCGCCCAUCACUUCAUAUUUUGCAAAGGAAUUUUGAAUCUAUAUGUAUGUUUGCAGGGCUUACAAUAGAAGGUGAGGCUUUUGUUGUAAGGUGCCCUGUGCAUGACACUGUGGUCUGGCAGCGUGGGGAUACAACCAUCUCUACAGACAAAAGGGCCCGAAUACAUGCUUCUGGGAAUGAACUGUGGUUUCUGCCUGCAUCCAUUGAGGACAAUGGAAAUUAUACAUGCAUCCAUCCUGAGUAAGUAAAAAACGAGCAAAAGCUUUGCAUGAGUGUGUGUCAUAGAAUCAUAAAAUUGAAAGGACCCCAAGGGUCAUCUAGUCCAACCCUCUGCAAUGCAGGAAUCUCAGCUAAAGCAUCCAUGACAGAUGGCCACCCAACCUCUGCUUCAAAACCUCCAAGGACUCCCACCAGCUCUCAUGGGAGUCUGUUCCACUGCUGAACAGAAAGUUUUUCAGAAUAUUUAGUCAGAAUCUCUUUUCUUGUACAGUGGUACCUCAGGUUAAGAACUUAAUUCAUUCUGGAGGUUUGUUAACCUGAAACUGUUCUUAACCUGAGGUACCACUUUAGCCAAUGGGGUCUCCCACUGCCACUGCGCCACCACUGCACGAUUUCUGUUCUCAUCCUGAAGCAAAGUUCUUAACCCGAGGUACUAUUUCUGGGUUAGCGGAGUCUGUAACCUGAAGCAUCUGUAACCUGAAGCAUAUGUAACCCGAGGUACCGCUGUAACUUGAAGCCGUUGCUUCGAGUCCUACCCUCCAGAGCAGAAGAAAACAAGCAUGCUCCCUCUUCCAUGUGACAGCCCUUAAGAUAUUUGAAGAUGGCUAGCAUAUCUCCCUUCAGUCUCCUCUUUUCUAGGCUAAACAUACCCAGCUCCUUCAAGCGCUCCUCGUAAGGCUUAGUUUCCAGACCCUUGAUCAUCUUGGUUGCCCUCCUCUGCACAUGUUCCAGCUUGUCAACAUCCUUUUUAAAUUGUGGUGCCCAGAAUUGGACAUAGUAUUCCAGGUGUGGUUUGACCGAGGCAGAAUAGAGUAGUACGAUUACUUCCCUUAAUCUGGACACUGUACUUCUGCUGAUGCAGUCUAGAAUAGCAGUAGCUUAUUUUUUAUUUUUUUUUUUGCUGCUGCAUCACACUGUUGACUCUUGUUAAGCUUGUGGUCUACCAAGAUCCCUAGAUCCUUUUCACAUAUACCGCUAGUAAGCCAGGUGUCCCCCAUCCUAUGUUUGUGCAUCUGGUUCUUCCUGCCUAAGUGCAGAACCUCACACUUGUCCCUAAUGAAAUUCAUUUGGUAGCUUGCACCCAGUUGUCCAACCUCUUAAGGUAAUUUUGAAUUCUGAUUCUGUCUUCUGCGACAUUCGCUACCCCUCCCAGUUUGGUGUUAUCUGCAAAUUUGAUGAGCAUCCCCUCAAUUCCUUCAUCCAAAUCAUUUAUAAAGACGUUGAACAACAGGCCCAGAACGGGCCCACCCCACUGGUCACUUUUUUCCAGGAUGACAAGGAACCAUUAAUGAGUCCUCUUUGGGCUAGGUCAGUCAACCAGCUAGAAAUCCACCUAACAGUUACCCACAUUCAACCUACAUUUUACCAGCUUCCUCAUGAUAAUAUUAUGGGGGACUUUGCCAAAAGCCUUACUGAAAUCAAGAUACGUUAUGUCCACAGCGUUUCCCUGAUCUACCAAGUUUGUAAUUCCAUAAAAAAAGAAAAGAAAUCAGAUUGGUCUGGCAUGACUUAUUUCUGAGUAAGCACAGCAUCCUUUUCUAAAUGCUCACAGACCGGCUGUUGAAUUAUCUGUUCAAGGACCUUCCCUGGCAUCUAUGUCAAGCUCACUGGUCAGUAGUUACCUGGGUCUUCCUUUCACCCCCUUUUGAAGAUGGGGGCAACAUUUCCCCACCUCCAGUCCUCACCUGUUCUCCAAGAAUUCUCAAAGAUAAUAGACAAAGGCUCUGAAAUUACACCUGCAGUCUCCUUUAGUAUCCUUGAAUGCAGCUCAUCAGGCCCUGGAGAUUUGAAUUCAUUUAAAGUAGCUUAAGAAAAUAUAUCUUAAGAAAAUAUAUGGGAGUUGCUUUGUGUUUACAGGUAUGCUCCUAAAACGAUGAGUGUCAUAAUAUAUCCAAAUAUAGAAGGCACUUGUUAUUAUGAAGAUGCUCUUUAUUUGGAAACAACUGGAAGCCCUGGAUCUGCUAAAAUAUUCUGCCCUUCUUAUAAUGACUAUGAGAACGCAUCUGAUCCGAAGUGGUUCAAGGUAUGUAUCAUCGAUAUCUGGCUGUAUGGUUCUAGACAGACAGUGUUGGACUUGACUGUUCUCUGUGUAGCACCAGCCUCCUCUAGAGCAUGAGAAGGGAAAGUCUCAAUUAUCUGCUGAGAUGCCAUCUCCUCUCCCAUGAAGUAAGUGUUGAACACAACCACUUUUGAAUGUAUUAAUCUGACACUAGGCUCGCACACUCCCUUUCUGACUGUGCAGGUGAAAUUUAGGACUUGGCAUUGAAAUUUGGGAGGACUUUAGCAUUCAUGCCUAGGCUGGCUCUCUGGCAUAUUAUUGAGUGAGCUGUGUGGUGGAUUUAGGAAAGUUUGAUGGGUUCAGAGCCUCAGGGGUGCCAGGGACGAUGCAACUGUGAUUUGCAGUGGAGCACAAGAGGUGUAGGGCUGCUAAAUUUGAGACCCCAACAUCCCCACCACUUAGGUCACACACUAGUUCUGUCAUCCUUCACUGCCCUGGAAAUGGCAGUAGUCUUGUUCAUGGGUAGAUCAUUAUUUAUUUCCUCAUACAUAUCCCGACUUUCUUCCCAAUAAGGGACUACACGGCUGUUGACAAUAUGGUAUCACAUACAUUGCAGCACACAAUGUUAAAAUAUUGUUUUAUUGUUUGCUGUUACUUAUUUGUGCACCAUUUGGUUGGAUUCCUCGGCUAUAGCAGUCAAGGUGUAAGAUGUCCAUAAGAUUAUAAUUUCCCACGGCCCCAAGUAUGCAGAUAGUUUACUUGCAGAGGCAUUAUGAACUUCUGGAAACUUCGGCUCCUCUGAACAUGCUGAUCCUUCCCUCUUGAGUCUCAGUUUUCUGUUCUGACUACAGUCUUGUUGACAGAGGUGGCAGAACUCACCAUGAACACUCCCCACGUUCUCUUAGAAUGGCAAUGGCACCCAACUGAGAAGUGCCAGGACUGAGUUCCAGAGAGUUCUGGCUGGAAAAAAAAGGCCGUGCUUGCCAGCACGCAACACUGGAGUUCACAUUUAGAGGAGCGGUAGUAAUAUUAAUUAAUUAAUUAAUUAAUUAAUUAAUUGGGAUGUGGGUGGUGCUGUGGUCUAAACCACAGAACCUAGGGCUUGCCGAUCAGAAGGUCGGCGGUUCGAAUCCCAAUGACGGGGUGAGCUCCCGUUGCUUGGUCCCAGCUCCUGCCAACCUAGCAAUUCGAAAGCAUGCCAAAGUGCAAGUAGAUAAAUAGGUACUGCUCUGUCGGGAAGGUAAAUGGUGUUUCUGUGCGCUGCUCUGGUUUGCCAGAAGUGGCUUAGUCAUGCUGGCCACAUGACCCAGAAGCUGUCUGCGGACAAACGCCGGCUCCCUCGGCCUAUAGAGCAAGAUGAGAGCCGCAACCCCAGAGUCGUCCAUGACUGGACCUAACGGUCAGGGGUCCCUUUACUUUUACCUUUAGUAAUAUUUAAUAAGUCAUUAAACAGUGGUGAAAAAUGAAUAUAUGUUCUGUUUUUUAGGACUGUAAACUUCUUCAUGGAGCAAGGUACAAAGCGGUUAAAAACAUCCUUUACAUUUCUGAUGCAAUUAAAAGUGACAAUGGAUACUAUACUUGCCAGUUUACAUACCACCAUGGUGGAAGAGCAUUUCCAGUAACUGCAACAACGCCUUUUAGAAUUACAGGUAAGAUGAAAGUGGACAUUAACCAGUUUGAGCCAGCAGUGGUGUAGUGGUUAAGAGCAGUGGACUCAUAAUCUGGUGAACUGGGUUCGCUUCCCCGCUCCUCCACAUGCAGCUGCUGGGUGACCUUGGGCUAGUCACACUUCUUUGAAGUCUCUCAGUCCCACUCACCUCACAGAGUGUUUGUUGUGGGGGAGGAAGGGAAAGGAGAUUGUUAGCUGCUUUGAGACUCCUUAAGGGGAGUGAAAGGCGGGAUAUCAAGUCCAAACUCUUCUUCUUCUUCUUCUUCGAUAAACAAACAAACAAAUAUUUCGUAGUGUGUUUGUACAUACCAAGGUUGCUUUGGUUCCUAAAAAGAUAGCGUGGUCCUAUUAGCACAAACUGGUGUUGAAGUGGUAUUAAAUGGUGAGCCAGUCUUUACAGUAUUAUGCUGUUCUAGUCAAUUCAAUUAAACUUUUUAUUGCACUAGCCAUAGGCCAUGGCAUCAUUCAGAAGGAGAACAAAAAAACACACAACAACAAUAACCAUAAAAAUCAUUGGGCACCACACAUACAAUAAAACCAUAAAAUCAUUUGUUGCAUUAAGUAGAAUGGAAUAGCAGAAGAUUCUCAGGUAAGAUGUGCGAAAUUAAAUAUCCGAAUCCCCUUUGCAGUUGACUGCUAUUUUAUCUAGUUCUUCCCUCCUGAUCUUCUUAGCUGCCAGUGCAUAGAGUGCUACUUUAUAAGUAACAAAUGUGGGAAUGUUCAGGGAUGCAGGAGAGGAUAUAUUGUCUGAUUAUAUCCUUAUCCAACUUGUGUUAACUUUGCAGCGGAUGCGUUUGCUCAGGCUCUCUAAAGCCUCUAUAAUAACUGUUCUGGUAUUUUCCCCUUAUUCCCUCAUAAAAGAUAAGACACGACACAAUCUUCUACAAAAGUAUAAAAAGAGUUUACUCACAUUCUGUUCACAAUCAGAUCUCAGAAGGCAGACUUAGCUUAAUGAAGUAACAUACACUUGGAAUUUAUCUCAUAAGACAGUCCCUUUGUCCUCUCUUGGCUGGAAGCCAAGAGGGCAUCUUUGGCUUAGUAGAUAUUGUUUCUUCAAUGCAUGUGGUGAAAAAGAGAGAGAUGGCUGCCCUGCCCUGUGCUUUUGUCGUUACCUGCACAGGUGAGGCCACACCCACAUUCCUCACAUGCAGAGGAAGUCUGUCCCAGCCCAGAAGGAAACGGGAAGUUUUCCUGCUGGUUGGACAAACAUUCCUCCCCAUGUGCAAACAUGUUCACUCUAGGAAUGUUGUACUUGACUGCUCUUGUGUUUCACAUCCUACAACAAAGCUGUCAUUGUCGCUCAGCAGCCAUUUCACCCUUUCCACCCUAUUCACAUGUGUUCUAUUCAUAAACAGGGGUUUUGUAAAUUGGUCUCUUGGGUCUAGAUAUAACAGGUGCUGCAAUAAAUAAUGGCAUCGGUCCUUGACGCAGGGUUGUCCACACAGACAGAGACUCUCUUUGUAAUGUACUUUGCCGUACCGUCCAUCCAACACCGCCGAGGGCAUCGAUUGGAAUUGUAGUUAUGUAAAAGUGAUUCUUGGUAUGGCAAGUGGGAGCUUUUUCAGGUAUCUGGUUCGGGCAUGCUCCGUUUUGUUAAGUGGGAACCAUGGUGAGCUCUUGGUAGAAGCAAUCAUGGUUAGAUUUCUUUCUGCAUCGGACCUAAAGAGACAGUCUCUUAAGUGCUUCUUAUCCAUCUUCAUGGAUAAUUACAUAUCUUGUAACUGGUAUUGGGACAAGAGGUGUUGGAUGCCAGCCUUCCAGCAUUUGGUCUGUUUUCGUUCUGUGUGAGACAUAGCAAGGAAUCUCUAUGCUGUUCUAUAUUUCUGUCUGACGUGAUUAUUCUAACAGUUGUAACCAGUGCUGUUUUUCUGGGGGGUGGAGAAGGUGCCGGAACUCACCAUGAAUGCCUCCCUUGUUCUUUUAUAAUGGCAAUGGUGCCCACCUGAGAGGUGCCAGAACUGAGUUCUGGCAAGUUCCUGCUGGGGGGGAAAAAGCCCGGGUUGUAACUGUGUUUGCCGUGUAAAUUGAUUAGUUUGUGUGGUCAGCGCUCUCAUAAAUGGGAGUGCCAUAGAAGCAGCCAGAAGCAUAGGGGUUUUCUGACUGGGACUUAAGUGCUUGAGAAGGAAGGUUCAACUCUUCCUUCCAGCUGCUACAAUUUUGUUUAGACCACAGCGCCACCUCAGCCCACUGAGCCUCUUGGGCUUGCCAGUUGUAAGGUCGGCAUUUCGAAUCUGUGCAACGGGGUGAGCUCCCGUUGCUCUGUCCCAGUUCCUGCCAACCUACCAGUUUGAAAGCACACCAGCACGAGUAGAUAAAUAGUUACCGCUGCAGCAGGAAGGUAAACGACAUUUCCAUGCACUCUGGGUUCCCUCACUGUGUUCCAUUGCUUCAGAAACAGUUCAGUCAUGCUGGCCACAUAACUCAGAAAGCUGUCUGUGGACAAACGCCGGCUCCCUUGGCCUGAAAGCGGAGAUGAGCACCACAACCCAUAGUUGAAUUCAACUGGACUUAACCAUCCAGGGGUCCUUUACUCUUUACUUUUACCUUGCUACAAUUUUGUCCCAAAAUGGCUUUGGAAAGUCUUCCCUGUAAUCUCUGAAUGUUCUGGUCCAAAGUUCAGCCUGAAUUCUAGUAGAGUUGAACUCAGCAGUAAUCCUAAUUUAUAUUUGUGGGGUUGAGUUAUUUUUGUUUUGUUUUGUUUUUUUAAAUAAGCAACAGGGAUUACUCUUCUGAUAUCACACUGAAGUAAUCUAAGUGAUGCCAUAUUUAAAAUAUAUUGGAAAAUAUUACGAAUAUAAUCUAUAAUUCUAAAUUGUGAAAUCACAGCUUAAACAUUAAUCUAAUGUUUCCUGUCUCUGUCUCUUGCCCCCAAAUUCCACAGAUUCCUUUUUACUGACAUAUCCUAAAGUUUUAUAUCCAAAGGAUGGUGACGUUAUAGAAGUAGAGAUUGGUAAUGAUACUAUUUCUUCAGCUGUUUAUUUUUGUUUGUCUGUCCUAAAUCUCCACCCAUUCGGUUUCAUCGGAUGACCUGGGGGGGGGGUCUAAUUUUAUGCUGCUGAUGUAUGGAUUCAUCCUUCUAGGUUCUCCUGCGCAACUUUUAUGUAAGGCAUGGCUGGGCCACGGAAAGCAAGACAUAGCCAUAAGCUUUUGGGAAAUCGAUGAAGCAAACGAUUCCAACCGCUUUGUUACAUCCAAUAAAUCGUAAGUAAAAAGAUGUCCAUUGUUAGGAUGUGGGGGUGGGGAGAAAUAAUUUAAUUAGCUAAUUUUUAUGAUGCUGCCAGAAUUUCUAGAGUAGUUUACAAAAAUGCAUAUUAAACGAUAACAGCUUAAUAUCACAAAAAAAAUCAGUUGCAAUCCAAAAAAAUAUGUUGGAAUCAGUUUUUAAAACCUGGAAUGAUGACAAUGACAACAACAACAGUUCUUGUUUAGCUUUGUCCCAUUGUGAGCACCAAGUGAAGCAAAUUCCACUUCUAGGUUGCCAAAGCUAAUCUGGUUCUAAUGACAUUCUUUCUACUAGGUAUAUGGUACCUGGCGAAGGACAGUUUGCAGAGGCUGAAUUAAGCAUCACAGAAGUGAGGGAAGAAGACCUCAGCUUAACCUUUAGAUGUGUCCUGGCCAAUGAUCUGGAGUUCGAAACAACAGAAGUGACACUGGUGCCCAAAGGGGCAGGUGAAGGUGAGAAGAAUUUUAAUCCUCUCUUUGUUCAGCAACUGUCAAAUCUCAAAACGUAAGAAGGACGGUGUUCCUAUAUUUCCCUCAGAACUCUCCCACCAGAACUCUCACCAUCCUUGCUCUUGGCCUUCCUCAAGUGCCUCUAAGUGGCUGGAACAAGCCCUAUGUUACUUGUUUGCCAGGGUACAGGGGUAUAUGUGUGGCAUAUAUGUGUUGACACCUGAAGCGAAUCAGAACAUGCAGCCAUCUCUGGCCUGGGAACUCAAGUUCUUGAAGGGUGUAUUUUAAAUAUACAAGGAAGAGUCGCUCCCCUCCUUUGCCUUCUGCCAUCUCUGCAGCCCCACCAGCAAUGAGCAGCAUCACUGGCAAGCAAGCCCCGUGGCCAACGCUGGGUGGGAUGUGUGUGUGACACUGUGUAGUCACUGUGCAGAUGAGCUGGUGGCCAAAGGCAGCAGGAAGGGUGGCAGCUGUGGACCACACACCAUGCCUCCUCUUCCUUCUCAUAGCAGCUUCUGUGGGGAAGCCAGAAAGAGUGCCAGGAGGUGGAGGCCAUUGCUGCAGCAAAGCUCACCCAACUGGGAAGGACAGGCUAGGUCACAAGCUUCCUCAAAUUUGGUCCUCCAGAUGUUUUGAGACUACAAUUCCCUUCAUCCCCUCCACAUAUGUUUAUAGUUACCCCUAUCACUACACUCCCUCCAAGAAGUUGCUGAAACAUUCCUAUAAAUGUAUGGUAAGUUUACCAGGGUAAGCCACCACUUUUGCAAUAUCUGCAAAUCCUUUAAUGCUAGUUGAGUGGGACGUCAGCAUGGCCAGUAAUCUGGAAUGGUGGGAGUUGCAAUCUAAGGGGCACCCAUUCCCUCCUUGCUGUUUGUCUGAUCAAAAUCAUGCUCUCCAAGUUCUCCUUGCCACCAGGAGAAGACAUACAGAUCUCACAUCGUCUCCCAUCCAAUGAGAAAACCUUUUAAGUAGAGUGGUACUUCGGUUUUCGCAUGCCUCUGUAGUCUAACGUUUUGGAACUCGAAUGCUGAAAACCCGGAAGUAAGUGCCUUGGUUUUCAAACGUGCCUCUGAAGUCAAACAGGAAACGCGGCUUCCAUUUUGAGUUUUCUGUAUUGAGGCUUGUGUUUUGAGGCUUCCGCUUUCUGAACAUUUUGGAACUUAAACGGACUUCUGGAACGGAUUAUGUUCGAAAACCGAGAUACCACUGUACAGCCAAUUUAAGGAUGCCAAUCUUUUCUUUCUACCCUUUAGGCUUCUUGCAUAGGCUAGAUUAGUAGGAGUUCCUUUAUUGGCUGUAGAGAUGGUAAGAAUCCCAGUCACCACAAAAAUUAAAUGACUGGCCUUGUCCCAAAAUGGCCUUUGAGACUUGAAGGGUUCAAUCCAUUCAGAGAUUUAUUAUUAAAUCCUUGAAUUUCACUUCAGAGACAAUAGAGAACUAUCAGUCAAGACACAGAAGCACUAGCAUGGUGUGUUUUCUGGAGCAAUCACUGUAUGAAACAACCAUUCAACAAUCCAAUAUGACCCAGCCUGUACUUAGAAGAGCUUUCUCAGAAGCUCUGUUUUGAGUUGUCCACCAUCUUUUGGGCAGUGGAACUUCCUUCCUAAGGAGGUUUAACCUGCUCCUUCUCUGCCAGUGUCAGCUCUGAGGCACCAGGCAAAGAUGUCUCCCUGCCACAAUUGUGCUUUUCGACCCACUGAUUAUUUGUUGUUUUUAUAAAUAUGAUUUCCUACCUGCCUUUCAUCAUAAGGUCCCAGGGUUACGGCAAUUUAAGAACACGUUUUGUAACAGUCUCGCACAAAUUGCGGUCACAAUAACGAAGUGACCUGAAAAUAUGUAUCUCAAGUGUCAAAAUUCAGGGGUAAAACUUCACCAUAGGCUGAGGUUUUAGGUGAAGAUGAUGAUGGGUAAGGCUGCUGAUCCUGGAUAUGCAUAGUCUGUUGUAGUUUUAAUUUGUUUUUUUCUGAACAGUUUUAAGGUGUUAAAGUCAGUUGGCUCAACAGUAAUUGCAUAUCUGUUUUAUCUGUUUUUCUUCUAUGUCAUAUAUUUUAAUUGGAGAACAGGCACUGGAGGAGCAGCUGUUUUGGCUCAGUGUUUUUAACUGAUAAGAAACACUUAGAAUGCCAUCUUGACCAAUGGAUACUCUCCAGUUUUAAUAGUUAUUUGUUACACAAGCACAGACCUGCAGUGCUUCGGUUAAAGAGUCCAGAACUACAUUGCCAAAUGUCUUCCAGGAAGUUGCCACAGAAGUCAGACCCCAUUUGAUAACGUCUAACAGUUACUACGUACACAAAUCAAACACCUUGGCCGCUUUGAGGGUCAAUACGCAGUGACAGGAACUGAGACUAGCAAAAAUGGAACAGAGGGAGGACUAAUUCUGGGAAGUGGUGGCCUGGGGUUUAAUUGAAGUGAGGUCAUCACAGGAAGUUCCUUUACACAGGAAGUCAGCCCAUUAGACCUUCUAGUAUUGUCUGCACUGCAGAGGAACACCUCUCCAAGUUUUAGAGAAGGGCUUUCCCAGCAAAGCCCUUCUCAUGACACAAGACAUCCUGGUUAGUCUACUCCAGACUUAUUAUUCUAGCAUCUCUACUUUCACUGCUGUUUUGUGUGAUUGAAAAUAGAGCCCAGGAUAGAUUUAUAUUUUUGGUAAUCAUCUAUAUUUUCUUUUCAUCAGGUCAUAGCAACACCUACGUGAUUGUGGUGUUUGCUAUUUUAGCAGGUCUUACAAUGAUCUUGGUGAUGGUUUACCAUGUUUUUCGUGUUGACAUUGUCUUAUGCGUCCGAAGGAUAUUUAACUGCAAUAAAUCUAGGGAUGGUGAGUAUGAAUGCGCAGUUUGUGCAAGCAGUAAUGAGCAGUUGCAUGUCCCAGAGCCAAGAAUUUAUCCAUGAUCUACAGAUGACUGGCUCCUCAUGUAGCUGGACAUUUACCAUGGUGAUAAAAGGUAGUAUGGAUCUGAGUGGAUGUCACACUACAAGGGCCUUCUCGAUAGUGGAACCCAUCCUGUGGAACGCCCUCCCUUCAUAUGUCAAGGAAAUAAACAACUAUCUGACUUUUAGAAGACAUUUGAAGGCAACUCUGUUUAGGGAAGCUUUUCAGGAUUGAUGUUAUAUAUAAAAAAAAUCAUUGUUAUUAUUAUACAAGAGGAAUGCAAAUUUGCUUUCAGAGAGCAGAGCAAUGAAAAGCUAUAAUGGGUGGGAAAGGAUGGACUAACUCUGUUUCGAUGGCAAUACCAGGAGUGGCUUAAAUUGGAUCAAGUUGCUUCAGAAGGCACAUGACAUGUUGAUUUUAUCACUUGGCACUUGCUUCCCUUGAAUUUGGAAGUGUGUGGUGUAAUGGACUAUGACCUGGAAGACCAGAGUUCCAAUUCCCACUCAGCCAUGAAACUCACCUGGGGCUGGUUACUGUCUCUCAGGAGAACAUGCCUCGUAGGUUUCUUGUGAGGAUCAAAAGGAGUGGGGAGAAUCAUGUGCACCGCCCAGAAUUCCACAAUUACAACAUCUGUGCAACUCACUCUCAAACUUUCGGAUUGUUGAAACAUAUACAACAAAAAGUUAAUCAAUUCGAGUUGUGCAACUCAAAUUGGGUCUACUAGACCUAAUGAUUUUAAGCAAUGUGGACUGAAUUUGCUUCUGGGGCCCCUCUGUGAUUAGGGGCCCUGAGGCUUAAGCUUCAUUAAUUUCCUAGUAGAUCUGCCCCUACUAAGGACUGUGCUUUCAAGUUCUUGGAAUUCAUUUCCCCUCUUUAGCUUUAUUAAUUUUAUAUAAUAAUCCCACAUACAGUGGUACCUCGGGUUAAUAACUUAAUUCGUUCUGGAGGUCCGUUCUUAACCUGAAACUGUUCUUAACCUGAAGCACCACUUUAGCUAAUGGGGCCUCCCGCUGCCGCCACACGAUUUCUGUUGUCACCCUGAAGCAAAGUUCUUAACCCGAGGUACUAUUUCUGGGUUAGCAGAGUCUGUAACCUGAAGCGUCUGUAACCUGAAGCAUAGGUAACCCAAGGUACCACUGUAGUAUAACAAAUAUGCACAAUUAAUUCUAUGGUGCAUGCAACUUUAUUCACAUUCAAUGGGCUGAAUAAUUUCAAGUCUAUCCAUGUUCUUUUCACGCUUGUACAUUCUAAAAAUUGUGCUAAGCAUGCUGCGUAUAUGAUUUACAAACAGGUGUGCUAAUAAUCUGUAAUCCGGCUGUUUAACCUGUACAACCAAAUGAAUUCUGCAUUUCUAACUUGAAAAAUAACAGCUUUCUAAAAUUCAUCCUUCAGCUUUGCACCUAUUUCUUGUUUUAUUUCGCAGAUGGGAAAGUACAUGAUGCAUAUGUUAUCUAUCCCACAAAUGACACUUAUGAAAAUAAUUUUAUGGGCUCUUUUGUUCAUCAGAUUCUACCGGAGGUUUUAGAAAAACAAUGCGGGUAUAGAUUGUGCAUUUAUGGGAGAGACGUGUUGCCUGGAGAAGGUAAGCUGUUGUGCAAUGAAGAAGCUGUGAAUUACAAAUAGUACUGCCAUGAUCUCAGCUACAUACCACUACUAGCCUGAGAAUAAAGGCUAGUCAACACAGAGCUCCAGUAUGGUAGAUCAUGGAUAUGGAACCUGUGGCCCUACACAGGUGUUGUUGGACCAGCCUGACGCAUGGUCAGAUAUGAUGGGAGCUGAAAUAAAAUAUAAUCUAGAACAGGUCUGGGGAACCUCCAGCUCACAGGUCAAAUAAGGCCUGUUUGUUUGGCAUUCCUCCUUCCUCGGCCCCCAGCCACAGCCGUCGAACUCUUCUUUCUUCUUCUUUGGCGAUCACUUGUAGCCAGGUAAGAUUGUCUUCCAUAAACACAGUUAUAACAGUGAGUCUGUAAGUGACUGUGGAGGCCAAUUCUGGAUCCACACAUCCUUCCGCAGUGGGAACAUUAAUUUCCGAGCAGGAGUUGAUCACUAUGAGGCUUUGCCAAACGCAGUUCUCCUUUUCGUCCUGAGUUUGAGUGUCUUCAAAGCCCAUGGCACCUUUGGCAAAGGCUGUUCUCCAACUGGAGCGCUCGCAGGCCAGUUUUUCCCAGUUGUUGGUGUGUAUACUACUUUUUUAAAGAUUUGCCUUGAGAGAGUCUUUAAAUCUCUUUCGUUGGCCACCAGCAUUACGCUUUCGGAUUUUAAGUUUGGAAUAGAGUAGUUGCUUCAGAAGUCGAUAAUCAGGCAUCCACACAACAUGACCAGUCCAACGAAGUUGAUGUUGAAGAAUCAUUGCUUCAACACUGGUGAUCUUUGGCAUCAAAGGAGCAUUAGAAUGUGUUCCAAUUGUUCCUCUGCAAGCAGGGCUUGCAAUUGGCACUGAAUUUAUAUUUAGCACUGAAAGCAAGCCCUGCUUGUGGUGGGGGCUCUUCCUUAGUAGACAAGGCUCAAUUCAAGCUGCACCAGAAAUAGUCCAAUUAUGGCAUGGUAGGCUCUGGAGGUCUUCAAGCAGAGGCCUAGCUAGCCAUCUGUUGAGGAUGCUCUAGCUUUCUCUUCCAAACUAUCUGAUUCUAAGAGUCACAAGAAACCACUUGAAAAACCACAGACAGACUGCACCGCUGGUGCCCCUUACUUUAGAUGCAGUGGCCAGUGUUGGUAGUGGGUAUCUUCUGAGCCUGAGAUUUUUAAUAGUCUUCUGAAACAUGCACCAUAGAGUUGGAAAGGUCUUGUGCUAUUUCUUAACUGCGUACUUUAUACAUUGGCAGAUGCUAUUAGUGCAAUUGAAAGUAGAAUACAAAAGAGCAGAAGACUGAUCAUCCUUCUAACAGAAUGGCUGGCCAAGAGUGAACAUUUUGCGUACGAGCAUCAGAUUGCAUUCUACAAUGUCCUCAUCCAAAAUAACGUGAAAGUGAUUCUGCUGGAAAUGGAGGAAAUUGGGGAGUACGAACGGCUGCAGGAGUCUCUCAGGCACCUCAUUCGCCAGCAAGGAACUAUAAAAUGGAAAGCAAAAUACAUGGCCUCUCCAUCCUCACCCAACACUGCCUUUUGGAAGCACGUGGAAUACCAAAUGCCAUGGAGGCGUCGUUUAAAGAAGCCAACCACAGCGAAUCCUGCAUAUGGUUUGCUGUAAAUAAGCCUGCAAAAGCGACUAGCUUGCAUGAAUGUUUGCUAGUUUGCUGUGGGCCUUUUACAGCAGCCUGUUGCAUUUCUUUGCUAGGUGUAAGGGGAAGGGUGGAGCACUCUGGCUUGUGGCCUGCAGUUCCCUGUUGCUUGUGGCUAUCAGGCUAGCACUUAAAUUUCGAGACAGCAAAAUGAUCUGCACGCUUUACUUCUUCUUUUCAAAAUGUAUUUUAAAUGAAAGAUUUCUUA